CCAGAGAUCGCGGUGUACGGUGAGAGACGGGCAGCCCUGUGUACGGAACAUGCUCUUUGUGUGUCGGACUCUCCUCAUCACUCUGAAUGCCACUGUCAGGCAAACACUCAGACUGAGCUGCCUUGUGAAGCCUGCAUUCCCAUGCCCCAGGAGAUGUUUCUGCCAGAUUGCCCAACCUGGAUUUCGCUGGCCUCCCUCUGCCAUCCUCCUUGCUGGCACACCAAAGCACGUGCGUGCCUACGUGGCCAGCACAGAAGUGGUGGAAAGACUGUUUGCGCAGAGCUCGCUGCAGGACUACCUGAGGAAGCUGGAACAGGAGUAUGAGGAGUCUGUGCAGAGGCUUAAUUCCACUGAGCCUUCCCCAGGAGAAGUGGAGGGGGAAAGGACAAGGCUGCUGAGGAGGAGAGUGACUGAGCUGGAUCCGGUGGUAAUGGAACUUCAGCAGCUGAGGCUGAAAAUGCAGGAGUUGCAGGACAUUGAGACACUGCUAAAAGAUGAGGAUAUUGAUUUGAAGAGACUUGCUGAAAGCGAAGAGAGUUCAUGUCUGGAAACCAUCCACACUCUAAAGUCCAAGAUAAUUUCACUCCUGAUCCCCCCUGAAGAAGCAGACAAUAAUGAUCUGAUUCUGGAGGUGACUGCAGGAGUCGGGGGACAGGAAGCCAUGUUGUUUACCGCUGAAAUGUUCGAAAUGUACCAGAACUACGCAUCCUACAAACACUGGCAGUUUGAAGUUCUGGAGUACUGCCACAGUGAUCUCGGGGGUUUACGUCACGCUGUAGCUAGUGUGAGUGGCCCGGAGACCUACAAGCACAUGAAGUAUGAGGGGGGAGUGCACAGAGUUCAGCGGAUUCCCAAAACUGAAAAACAAGGCAGGACUCACACCAGCACGAUGACCGUGGCCAUCCUACCGCAGCCCACUGAGAUUGAUAUGACCAUCAACUCCAAGGAUCUGCGGAUAGAAACAAAACGUGCAAGUGGUGCCGGCGGUCAGCAUGUGAACACAACGGACAGUGCGGUUCGCAUUCUGCACAUCCCAACAGGUGUAGCAGCAGAAUGCCAGCAGGAAAGGUCCCAGCUGAAAAAUCGAGAAAAAGCAAUGCAGAUGUUGCGAGCUAAAUUAUACAGCAUGAAGCUGGAGGAGCAGACUAACAAGAGACAAUAUGCUCGAAAGAUUCAGUAUUAUGACAAACAUUCCAUUGUGUUUGUUCCCCUGGCUCUGAAUUUCCUUAAAGACUACUUAUCCCUGAAGUCAUCCAAUUCUAUUGAAAGGUUAUUGACUUGA